AUGACACAAUCAAAUGCUAGGAGUCUUCCAAAACUUCCAGCAGAAGCGAUCCGUUUGGCCCACCUUCUCGAUAGCUUCUUUAAAACAAAUAAAACAUGGACUGGUCUUUCGCACCCCGACCAGAGAGUUCUGAUUGAAUUUAUUGCGCAGAAAUAUGACAUGGGGUCUACUCUCACGGCCAAUCAUAUUACCCGCUAUCCUAGAAUAUGGGCACGCGAGGAGCACCGAGUGACAGAAGCGAUUCAAAAAACGGUUGAUCUAGCCUCGCCGCUACUGGAUGGGAGUUUGAGAUCAGUUCUUAGAGCGAAAUCCAUAUUUGACAUGCCCGUCGAGCUGAUGGAGCUUAUUGUGAGUGAUCUAUCAGACAGCGAACUUUCCAAUCUUUGCCGAGCAAAUCGUGAUCUCUACUCGAGUGGGUGGCUUUCUCGGCGAGGUAUGCAGGACUUGCGUGCAUUUGAACGAAGCCUACAAGGAAAUAUGGAAGAAUCAUUCAUCAAGGCAGUCGAAGCACUCUCUGAUGUCCCGUGGACAGUGUCGUAG